CUGUUCCCUCCGCGGAGAGAGACAGCGGAAAGGAGGCCAAGGGAGGGCGUGGAUCGAGUUGUCUGCCGGCUGACCGUUUGCAAGAUCAUCCAACAACGCCUGACGCUGCACGGCUGCGCCCCCCCCCCCCGCCUCUCAACCCCCCCUGCAUGUCCGCAGGGAGUUAAGAAAAAAAAAAUCCUCCGCGGAUGACACCCCUCGCGUAGGAAAUGCCCAGCUGCGCGUUGUGUUUUUUUUCCUUCUGUCGACAGCGCAGAACGCCGGAUACCGCAGCGAGCUGUGGGAUUUAAAAGAGAAAAGAGAAAAGGGGAAUGCAAACGGAGGCGCGCUCCCCCCGCAAAGGAACUCUCUGACGGAGGCCGGACCCUGAGGUGGAGGAGCCCGUAAAGAGGCCCCCGAAGGAGCCUCCAACGCUCCCUACCUGAGCAGCCCGGACGCCGUCGGGACAGCCAUGGCGCCUCGGAAACGCGGCGGCGGCAACCGCGGCGGCCUGUCUUACAUCUUCUGCUGUUUCAACAGCAACGAUCACCCGGAGAUCACCUACAGGCUCAGGGAGGACUUCGCCCUGCAGGCCAUGGAGCCGGCCCUGCCGAUGCCCGGAUACGACGAGCUGGAUGGGAUGUUCUCCGAGUUGGUGGAUGAGCUCGAUCUGUCAGAGAAGCACAGAGAAGCCAUGUUCGCUCUGCCUGCGGAGAAGAAAUGGCAAAUUUACUGCAGCAAAAAGAAGGAACAAGAAGAAAACAAAAGCGCAACUAGUUGGCCUGAAUACUACAUUGAUCAGCUCAAUUCAAUGGCAGCUAGAACGACGCUCCUCGCUCUGGAGAAAGAAGACGAGGAGGAGAGGAACAAAACCAUCGAGAGCUUGAAGACUGCUCUGAGGACGCAACCCAUGAGGUUCGUGACCCGCUUCAUCGACCUGGACGGCCUGACGUGCAUCCUGAACUUCCUGAAGAGCAUGGACUACGAGACGACCGAGUCGCAGAUCCACACGUCGCUGAUCGGCUGCAUCAAAGCUCUGAUGAACAACUCGCAGGGGCGCGCCCACGUCCUCUCGCACUCCGAGAGCAUCAACAUCAUCGCGCAGAGCCUGGCCACGGAGAACAUCAAGACCAAAGUGGCCGUGCUGGAGAUCAUGGGCGCCGUGUGUCUGGUGCCCGGCGGCCACAAAAAAAUCCUGGAGGCCAUGAUGCACUACCAGCGCUUCGCCUGCGAGAGGACGAGGUUUCAGACACUUAUAAACGAUCUGGACCGGAGUACGGGGCGAUACAGGGACGAGGUCAACCUGAAGACGGCCAUCAUGUCCUUUAUAAAUGCUGUCCUGAGUCAAGGUGCCGGAGAGACAAGUUUGGAAUUCCGUAUCCACUUACGUUACGAGUUCCUCAUGUUGGGGAUCCAACCAGUGAUCGAUAAGCUGCGGUCUCACGAAAACUCCACAUUGGACAGGCAUUUAGACUACUUUGAGAUGCUGCGGAACGAGGAUGAGCUGGCUUUGUCGAAACGUUUUGAGUUGGUACAUAUCGACACCAAAAGUGCUAACCAGGUUUUUGAUCUCAUCCGGAAGAAGAUAAACCACACUGAUGCACACCCGCACUUUAUGUCCGUCCUGCAUCACUGUCUCCUCAUGCCACACAAGAGAAGCGGCAACACGGUGCAGUACUGGCUGCUGUUGGAUCGCAUCGUCCAGCAGAUGGUCUUGCAGAACGACAAAGGUCACGACCCCGAUGUCACGCCACUGGAGAACUUUAACGUGAAGAACGUCGUCCGGAUGCUGGUCAAUGAAAAUGAGGUCAAACAGUGGAAAGAGCAGGCAGAGAAAAUGCGAAAGGAGCACCACGAGCUGCAGCAGAGGUUUGAGAAGAAGGAGCGCGAGUGUGACGCAAAGACUCAGGAGAAAGAGGACAUGAUGCAGACGCUCAACAAGAUGAAAGAGAAGCUGGAGAAGGAGAGCACCGAGCACAAGAAUGUCAAGCAGCAAGUGGCCGAACUCACCGGCCAACUGCACGAGCUCAGCACCAGACGGGCAGCUGUUGUUCCUGGAGGCCCUCCCGUUGGCCCCGGACCCCCCGGAGGUCCUCUGCCUCCUCCACCCGUGCCAGCUUUCGGAGGGAUGUGCCCACCUCCCCCGCCGCCCCCUGGAGGCAUGAUGCCUCCUCCACCUCCCCCACCACCUCCACCGGGUGGACCCCCACCUCCUCCUGGAUGCCCACCCAUCGGGGGUAUCCCUCCCCCGCCGGGAGCCCCGCUGGGACCGUCCCUGAAGAUGAAGAACAUUCCCCAGCCGUCCAACGCACUCAAGUCCUUUAACUGGUCCAAGUUGGCUGAGAAUAAACUGGAGGGGACCGUCUGGAUGGAGGUGGACGAUGCCAAGGUGUUUAAAAUCCUGGAUCUGGAGGACAUUGAAAGGACCUUCUCAGCCUAUCAGAGACAGCAGGACUUCUUUAUGAUCAAUAACAGCAAACAGAAAGAGGCAGAAGACGACGCGCUCAGCUCUAAAAAAGUCAAGGAGCUGUCGGUCAUCGACGGCCGUCGAGCUCAAAACUGCAACAUCCUUCUCUCGCGGCUUAAACUUUCCAACGAGGAGAUGAAGAGAGCCAUUCUGACCAUGGACGAGCAGGAGGACCUCCCCAAAGACAUGCUGGAGCAGCUUCUGAAGUUUGUCCCAGAGAAGAGCGACGUGGAUCUUCUAGAGGAGCACAAACAUGAGCUGGACCGAAUGGCGAAACCCGACCGCUUCUUCUACGAGAUGAGCAGAAUAAACCACUACCAGCAGAGGCUGCAGUCUUUAUACUUCAAAAAGAAGUUUGCAGAGAGGAUAGCAGAGAUCAAACCCAAAGUCGAAGCUCUCAGCAGGGCGUCUAAGGAGGUUCUGCACAGCAGAAACCUGAAGCAGCUGUUGGAGGUGGUGCUGGCCUUUGGAAACUUCAUGAACAAGGGUCAGAGGGGGAACGCCUACGGCUUCAAGGUGUCUUCACUCAACAAGAUCGCCGAUACUAAAUCCAGUAUCGACAAGAACAUAACCCUCCUGCACUACCUGAUCACCAUCCUGGAGAAGAAAUAUCCCAAAGUCCUGAUGUUCCAGGAGGACCUGCAGAGUCUCUCUGACGCCGCCAAAGUCAACAUGACCGAGCUGGAGAAAGACAUCGGCAACAUGCGCAGCGGCUUGAGAGGCGUGGAGAGCGAGCUGGAAUACCAGAAGAAGAGGCCGCAGGAGCCGGGCGACAAGUUUGUGUCGGUGGUGAGUCAGUUCGUCACCGUGGCCAGCUUCAGCUUCUCCGACGUGGAGGACUCGCUCGUCGAGGCCAAGGAACUGUUCCUGAAGUCAGUAAAGCACUUUGGCGAGGAUGCCAGCAAGAUGCAGCCAGAUGAGUUCUUCGGCAUCUUUGACCAGUUCCUGCAGUCGUUCGCUGAGGCUCAACAGGAGAACGAGAACAUGCGGAAACGCAAAGAGGAGGAGGAGCGCAGGGCCAAAAUGGAAGCUCAGCUGAAGGAGCAGAGGGAGAGGGAGCGCAAGGCUCGGAAAGCGAAGGCCAACGGGGAGGACGACGGCGGGGAGUUCGACGACCUGGUGUCGGCGCUGCGGUCCGGCGAGGUCUUUGACAAGGAUUUAUCCAAGAUGAAGCGCAACCGCAAGCGCAUCAACAGCCAGACGACGGACGCUAGCAGAGAGCGACCGGUCACUAAGCUCAACUCCUAGGUUCCCCCGUGGGUCGAGCUGACAUUGACAUUCCUCCGCGCACCCCCCAAACCCCCCCCCCCACCCCCAGCUCGGCCUUGCAUCAUCGCGGCGACACCACACACACACACACACACACGCAGCACAACCAACGGAUGUUUCAUCCUCUGAGGUUUUCAUGCUGAAAGAAAUCGGAGAAGAAGCCAAAACUUGUUGACGACCAAAUGUGACAAUUCCCGCCGAAGGAUCGGUUUGGUCAAGUGAAAUGUUUUUACGCUGUUGCGUAAGAACUUGAUGUUCUCCCUACGGGGGAGAAAAAGAAAAAAAAACCUCCAGGUGUAAGAGAUGCUGAUGCUUGUUGAUAGAACAGUGCUGUGCUGUUUUUGUAUGUCGGAAUCUAUGCACAGAGUGCAGCUAGCAGACUCUUUCUGAGCUUGAUGCUCGAUCUAAACGGGAAGACCA